AGCAUCCUUCACCGUCAGCUUCACUCCACCUGGCGUUUCUGACUCCACCUUCAAGCUGUAUAAGAAGCUAGAAAGAGAUUUUCUCCCUCAAGUCGGACUCUGCGGCGAGGGGAUCCGAUAUCACCUGCAAGGCAGCACACACACAAAUCCACAGGGCCCUCUUUUUCCGAACUAUGGCCUCUUCGGGUGUGGAGAUCCUGGGACUGACGCUGGCUGUGGUGGGCUGGAUGGGCGUGAUGGUGGCGUGUGGCCUUCCCAUGUGGCGGGUGGCAGCCUACGUGGGGCAGAACGUGAUGGUGUCCCAGGUGAUCUGGGAGGGCCUGUGGAUGAACUGCUCAGUGCAGAGCACGGGCCAGAUGCACUGCAAGGUUCACGACUUCAUGCUGGGGCUCCCUCGGGACCUCCAGGCGGCCCGAGCACUUGUAGUGGCAUCAGUGGCGUUCGGCGUAGUGGGUGUCGGCCUGGUCACGGCGGGGGCUCAGUGCACCGACUGUACCCGGGACGUGAGGGGCAAACGGCGGCUGGUGGUUUCCGGGGGGCUCGCCUUGACCUUGGCGGGGUUUCUGACCCUGGUGGCCGUGUCCUGGACAGCCCACGCCAUCGUCUUGGCCUACUAUGAUCCGCUUCUGGAGGACACGGGGAAGCGGGACUUCGGCAACGCGCUGUACUUCGGCUGGGCCGCUUCCUGCCUCCUAAUCCUGGGUGGGAUGUUACUAUGGUGCACCUGUAGCCCCGGGAGAGCCGCACAGGUUCUAAAGGAACCUGCCCAGGUGGACUACUUGGCUGUUACUCGGCGCGCACGUGACAGACGAGACGACAACAAUCGAGAUUAUGUGUGAUGAGCCUGUUACUAGUGUGACCAGCAGGGGGCGCAACGAACAGUGGUUGAAAGAGGAAUUUAGACGUGU